AGAGAGAGAGAGAAGGGAAGGCAGUAAAAAUGGAUGGAGAAGAAAAGACCUAUGGUGGCUGUGAAGGGCCAGAUGCCAUGUAUGUGAAAUUAAUCUCCUCUGAUGGCCAUGAGUUUAUUGUGAAGAGAGAACAUGCUCUGACAUCUGGAACAAUCAAAGCUAUGCUUAGUGGUCCUGGCCAGUUUGCUGAGAAUGAAACGAAUGAAGUCAACUUUCGAGAGAUCCCAUCUCACGUUCUUUCUAAAGUGUGCAUGUACUUUACAUACAAAGUCCGUUAUACUAAUAGUUCAACAGAAAUCCCAGAAUUUCCUAUUGCCCCAGAGAUAGCGCUGGAGCUUCUGAUGGCUGCCAACUUCUUAGAUUGUUAAACACAAAAAAGAAACACUCAUAUACACAUCUGGCUGCAGAAUAAAUAUGAAAAGCAAAUUAUUAUUGGUUUAUUUUAUUGUUUUUAAAUACUUUUAGGUUUGCAAACAGAGGUAUGCUGUGCUGAAUGAGAGGUAUAACAGUUUUGGUCCCUUGUUCUAUUUAAACUGUAAUUGCUUUACAAAUAAAGUUAUUUUAUUUUACUUUAUUGUUUUAAGCUUUGACCCAGUAUUAACUUACAUAAUUUCUGUAUUGCAAAAUAAAGAUGCCUGGAGUGAUGAAUUCCUAUUAAAUGUUUUCAUGUCUAGACUAGAGUCAACCAGACAGACAUGUAGUUUUACAAUGUAUCUAUUUGUGUUAACAAGUUCAAAAUUCAGUAGUUGUUCUUCUUUUGGUUUUAUGGAGGGUUGCGAACCAACUUCAUAGGUGCAUACCUAGAAUUCAGUUGAAAUAGAUUUGUCAUAACUUUUCUGCAUGUGGAUUCAUCAGACAGAAGUCUUGUAAUUGUCCGCAGUAGUCAUUCAUCAGUUUAAUGAAUAAAUUCAGUUGUUCUUGAAAA